GCAUUUUCCCCCCAAACCCCGCUGUUUCUCCCCCCAUGGCGCUCCCCGCUCGCUGAGCCCGCGAUGCUCCGCGCCCUCGGGCUGCGGCGCCGGGGUGGUCGCUCCUCCUUCCUCCCCCCUCCUCCUCCUCCUCCCGCUGCUGCUCGGAGCCGCUGAUCCCGCUCCGAGCCGAGCCGAGCCGAGCCGAGCCGAGCCGAGCCGAGCCGAGGCGAGCCGCGAUAGCAACAUCCCGGGAUAAGGAGCCCGGAGGCGCCGGGAUGGAGCGGGAAUGGCCGCGGGGCAAAGCGCGCCUGCCCUCGCUGCUGCUGGCGCUGCUGGGGCUCGGCCCAGGUGAGGCUGUUGCAGGAGCGCGUUUUGAGGCAGAAAAUGAGGUUUUGGAAAUUCUGGCUGGGAAUUCCACCCAGUCCCUGCUGGAGCGCUGUUCUGAGCUGCUCUUUGGGCAGUCGCGGUCCCCGCCGCGGCAGGUGAACGGCGUCCUGGGCGGCUCCGUGCUGCUGUCCCCGUGGCUGCUGCCCAACCAGACGGUGAAGGAGAUCGAGUGGAGCUUCUCGGGGGGCUCCGGCGCCACCAUCCAGGUGGCCGAGGUGGGCCCGGCGGGGCUGGAGCGGCCGGACCCGCGCGACCGCUUCGGGCGGCGCCUGGAGCUGGUGAACGGCACCGCGCUGCGGCUGCGGGCGCUGCAGAGGGGCGACAGCGGCGUCUUCGGGGCCAGGAUCAAGCUGCAGCCCGCCCUGGUGGAUGACCAGACCUUCAACCUGUCCGUCUACGAGGCCGUGCCCAGCCCCCGCACCCGCAGCCAGCUCCUGGCCAGCACGCUCGAGUGGUGCAACCUGACCCUGCAGUGCCAGGGCAGCGGGCGCGGCGCCGUCAACGUCACCUGGCGGCGCGACAGCCUCACCUGGGGCCACCUGGGGCCCGGGCGCCACCAGCUGUCCCCCGACGGCACCACCCUGAGGGUGGCGCUGCCGCCCGCCGCCACCAACGUCACCUACGCCUGCACCGUCAGCAACCCCGCGGACCAGAAGGUGGCCGUGUUCGACCUGCAGAGCCUGUGCCAGGGCGGAGGGGGUCCCUCGGCGUUCUCCACCUCGGGCUAUGUGGUGCUGUCCCUCAUCCUGGUGGCCGUGAGCCUCGGCGGCGCCUUCUGGUGCUGGAGGGUCAACAGUGAGAAGGCGGCCGAGGCAGCCGCCACGCCCACGGCGCCGCCCGAGGAGAGCCCGGCGGAGGCGCCGCCCUUCAGCGACAUCGUCUGCAAGCCCCCCGAGGGCAACGACCAGGGCCCCAGCCCCCCCGAGGCCCCGCAGGAACCCAGCGAACCCCAAAAACCCAAACCCGAGCGCACCCCAAAAACCCAACCCGAGGCCCCGAAAUCGCCCCCGGGGGGCACCGAGCAGAAAGGGCCCGAGGACACGGCCGAGGAGGUGACAUAGGGCCAGGUGAGCGACCCCAAAACAUCCCAAAAACACCCCAAAAACACGCCAGAAACACCCCAAAACCAACCCCAAAACCACCCCAAAACCAACGCCAAAAACACCCCAAAACCAACCCCAAAA